AUGGAAUCAAGGGCAUUGCGUAAGGCUGAACGAAGCUGGUUAUGCAGUGCUUCACUGGAUAAUGCUACUUGCCUUUUUGACCAGAUACUUCUUGUGUUAGCUGUUUCAUUUCUGGUUAAUGCACAAGAUCAGUCAGGAUUCGUUAGCAUUGACUGUGGAAAUUCAAAGGAUUCAAGCUACACAGACAGUGUAACAGGCAUAAAGUACAUUUCUGAUGCAAACUUCACAGAAACUGGAUUAAGUAAGAGCAUAUCAUCAGAUUUCAAAGCCACCACUCUUCCACAGCAAUUCUGGUAUGUUAGAAGCUUUCCUGAAGGGGAGAGGAACUGUUACACCAUAAAGCUUGCUCAAGGUAAGGGUUUCAAGUAUUUGAUUAGAGCGAGUUUCAUGUACGGAAACUAUGACGACAAAGGUAUACCGCCAGUUUUUGAUCUGUAUAUGGGAAUUAAUAAAUGGGAUUCAGUAGUACUGAGCAACGAAUCCAGUAUCAUAACCAAAGAAGUUAUACAUGCGCUUCCGACAUCUUCUGUAUUCGUAUGUCUGGUGAAUACUGGCUUUGGAUCACCUUUUAUAUCAGCAUUGGAGUUUAGACUUUUGAAAAAUGCUAGCUAUGUUACCGAUUCCGAAUUGUUAGCUCUCCAUAGACGGUUGGAUGUAGGAUCGAUUACUAACGAAACUGUUCGGUACCGAGACGAUUUUUGUGAUCGGAUUUGGUUGCCCUUUAACUUUCUUAAUUACAAGAUUAUAAGCACAUCAUCCACAGUUGAUUCAGGAAUCAGCAACAGUUAUAAUUUACCAAGAAUUGUAAUGAGCACCGCUAUUACGACCGAUAAUGCCAGUGCUCCUCUUGAAUUUCACUGGGUUCCUGAAGAUCCCAGUGCCAAAUAUCACAUAUUCUUGCACUUUGCUGAUUUGCAAAAGCUUCAAAUGAACCAAUCAAGGGAAUUUUACAUCUAUCAAAAUGAGGAAUAUUUUAAUGGGCCUUUCUCUCCUGAUUAUUUGCAGUCAACUACAUUGUUUAGCACAAAACCAAUGAGGGGAGAAACUAUUGCAUUUAAAUUUGUAAAAACUAAUACAUCAAAUCUUCCACCUAUCCUCAAUGCUCUUGAAGUCUACAGGGUGCUAGAAACAUCAGAAUCCCGCACCGAUGAGCAGGACGUUAAAGCUAUGACGAACGUGAAAUCUUUUUAUGGAGUGAGAAAGAAUUGGCAGGGUGAUCCAUGCCUGCCAGAAUCCUUCGUGUGGCACGGUCUUAGUUGUAGCUAUGAUGAGACUCCUAAUAGAAUCACCUCCUUGAACUUAUCUUCAAGUGGGUUGGUGGGGGAAAUAGCUACUUCUAUAUCCGAGCUCACGUUGUUACAAUAUUUGGAUUUAUCAAACAAUAACUUGAGUGGACCAGUGCCUAGUCUUCUAUCCGAGUUGCACUCCUUGAAAGUUUUAGACUUAAGAAACAACCCACAUCUUGAUUCAAUACCAAGCGAACUCAUGGAGAAAUCGAAAAAUGGAUCGCUUACAAUAAGGGUUGGAGGAAACGCCGAUGUUUGUGCUUCAUCUUCUUGCCAAAAGAAGAAAAAGAGUUACGUUAUUCCAAUUAUAGCAUCAGUUUCGUCGUUGCUGGUCCUUGUAGCUGCAAUAGCCGUCGGGAUUAUAAUUUGGAGAAAACGAGCCCGAAAACAGCCCGAUGUAAGGAUAACAUCGCUAGAGCCAAAAAAACACCAGCUAUCUUACUCACAAAUACAGCAUAUGACAAACAAUUUUGAGACGAAAAUCGGGGAAGGAGGAUUUGCAAAAGUAUUCCNAAGCGCGGUCGAUGCAGCACAAGUUAUGACCAAAAGGCUCCAGCAGCUUGUCUGUGGUAGAAAUAAUUGUCUUUUGUUUGCAUUUCAGGUUAAACUUUUGCUGAGAAUUCAUCAUACAAACUUAACAAGCCUUGUUGGAUUCUGCUGUGAAAAUACCAAUCUGGUUCUUAUCUAUGAGUACAUAAAUAAUGGCAACUUAAAAGAGCAUCUAUCAGGUGGAAAUGUAAGAGUUCUGAGUUGGGAGGAAAGGAUGCAAAUAGCGGUCGAUGCAGCACAAGGACUGGAGUACCUGCAUCAUGGUUGUAAGCCACCAAUUGUUCACAGAGAUGUGAAGUCUGCAAACAUCCUUUUGAAUGAAAAUUUUCAAGCCAAAAUUGCUGAUUUUGGUCUAUCCAAGAGUUUCCCGACCGAAACUCGUUCUCAUUUGACGACAGUUGUUGCAGGCACCGAGGGUUAUCUCGAUCCCGAGUACUACGCAACUGGUUGGUUGAGCGAGAAAAGCGACGUUUAUAGUUUUGGAGUUCUGAUAUUGGAAAUAAUCACUUCCCUUCCGGUCCUCCAAAUUGAUAGAGCAUCUUCAGAGAGGUAUCAUAUAAGCCAAUGGGUUAGGGACUUGAUGAAAACAGGUGAUAUAGAGAGCAUCGUUGAUCAAAGGCUAAGAGGAAACUUUGACUUGAGCUCUGCUUGGAAGGCUGUGGAGAUUGCCAUGACAUGUUUGUCAAUGGAUUCUACAGAGAGGCCAGACAUGAAGGAGGUGGUAAGGGAGUUGAGUGAGUGUUUGGGGUUAGAGAGAGCUCGGAAAAGAAGGAACGUCGGUUUUGAUACUGGAAAAUCAAAUACAGUUACUAGGAAUUUCAGAGAGAGUGAAGUAACACCUCGUUCUAGGUAGCUUCUACUGUUAUUUGUGUUCAAAACAAUCUAUUGCAAACAUCCAUGAGUGAGCCUGGUCAAGUCGGGUCGGUAGAACCUCGAUAUGUUAUGUCGAGUUAUACAAGAAACAAUUUGGUGUCGUUUGGGUAUGUCGUUUCAAUGUUGUAGGGAAGAUUGUGUGGAUCAAUGGAAAAUACUUUAUAUGCAUAAAGCUAAGCCGUAUGUAUAAUGAUAUGAAC